GCCUCUGCGCUCUGCGGGGACUGUAGAUUUCCAAAGCCGGACUCGAUCCUUCCCUAGAUCAGACCCUUUCUACUGUUUCGGGGUUGGAAGGCGCGUCGCUGUGUUAAAAGGCAGACAGACGUGUGGAAAGCGAGAGAGAAAGUUGCAUUUAAAUUUUAGGAGCUGCGUCACCGCAGUCGACUGGAGAAAACUCCGCCGAGCCGGACGGACAGAUUCCUUGCAGCUUUCAGGCCCCGGGCGUGGGGAGGAGGCGGCGCGCGGGGCGGGGGCGCUCCGGGCUAGGGUGCAGGCGGGGACUUGGGGUGACGCGGUCCCGGGCCACAGUGCCACACAGGGGUUCUCGGCUUUUUGGCAGAGUCCUGUGCGGGACGUGAACCGGGAGGCUGGCUGCCCGAGGGCGAGCCGCGCUGGGAGGCCGAGGCCGGGGUCGGGGCCGGGGAGCCCCGCGAGCCGCCGCAGCGGGGUCCCGGGGCCGCGGAGGGACCAUGGCCGCCGGCGGCAUCACCACGCUUCCCGCACUGCCGGAGGACGGCGACCCCGUCUUCCCGCCUGGCCACUUCAAGGACCCCAAACGGCUCUACUGCAAGAACGGGGGCUUCUUCCUGCGCAUCCACCCCGACGGCCGCGUGGACGGCGUCCGCGAGAAGAGCGACCCACACGUCAAACUACAACUCCAAGCGGAAGAGAGAGGGGUUGUGUCUAUCAAGGGAGUGUGUGCAAACCGGUACCUUGCUAUGAAGGAAGAUGGACGGCUGCUGGCUUCUAAGUGUGUUACAGAGGAGUGUUUCUUUUUUGAACGGCUGGAAUCUAAUAACUACAACACUUACCGGUCCCGGAAAUACUCCAGUUGGCAAGAACACAUUUGCAAACAAAGCUGCAGUUAACAUUCUGAUAAAUCCUUCACUAUUGUCCUGCCCUGAACAUUCGUCAAACUGCCUGAGUUUGUGAACACCAGAAUGGAGAGAAAGGACCCAUCCCUUGUUACAGGAAUCUGUAGUGCUGAACGUACUUGAGUGAGCUGUGAAAUGACUCUGACUUCUUGGUGAUCUCAAGCCCACUGCCCCACAGGGCGAGGUCCUCCCCAUGGUUAUGCCCCUCUCCCAGCUGCCAGUGGGUCCUAGCCUGAUUUGGAAACUGAUUUUUCUUGAGAGCAGAUUCCGUAGAACUUGGGGUCCAUUCUUUCAAUCCCAAAAUGCAAUAGUUGUUUCAUCAAACAUUUUCAUAAUGCAUAUAAUUUUAUAAUGCAACAAGGGUUUUCACAUUUUAUAAAUAUUUUUCAUAAAAUACAAAUUUCCAUGGCAGGACUUUUAUUGCCAUUAACAUACAUUUAUGUCCAGUUUUUCUAGACACCCAGGAAGACUGUCUGAAUGGACUUGAUUAAUUCUGAUGCUCUAUAGCUGUCUGCCUUGACUGCUUUUCUGGUAAUCUUUAGAAUUGCUAUAGAUUGUUUAUAACGCCUUCUGAUGCCUCUCUGGAUGUUUGCCAAAUAGCACAUAAGUUUGUCUUGCUAGUAAUUCUACUGAUAGUGCCUGGGGUAUGAGGAGCUAUCAGGAGCAUAUAGUUCCUACGCACUCACACCAUUGACUGUUUUUCCCGCUCCCUGGACACAUACCAGCCCCUAAGAUAUGCUCUUGUUUCUAAGAAACAGUUCUGGAAAGGCUCACAGGAACAGUAACUUGGUCUAAAAUGCAAGACAUAUAUCCACCAUUCUUUUUCUUUCUUUCUUUCUUUCCUUUUUUUUUUUUUUUUUUUU